CUUGGCCAAGCUCCCAGCAGCACAGCUUCCGCCCUUUAAAACAAUUAGCAAAAAUCCCACAUCAGCGUGUCACCUAAAGACAUGGACAUGGAGACGGUAGAAAACGCGCCCUAACAUGUCCGAUUUAAACAGGGACACCGCGAAGCAAAGCGAGAGCGGCUUCCACUCCCCUCCUCCUUCAGCUCUUCCCCUGAAACCGGCGAUCUCGUCUCAGGUGCCUCGUCCUCCUCUUCCCCCUUCUCCUCCUCCUCUUCACGCAGCCUGACUGGGAGCGAAAUGAAGAAGUUUAAUAUCCGCAAGGUGCUGGACGGCUUGACGGCGGUCUCGUCGCCCUCGGCGUCGCCGCAUGCAGGGGCCAAAGAGAACGACUUCAUCCUCCCGGAGAGCCUCCAGUCCGAGCACUUCCAGCUCUGCAAGACUGUCCGCCAUGGUUUCCCCUAUCAGCCAUCUUCCAUGGCCUUCGACCCAGUCCAGAAAAUACUUGCCAUCGGGACUCAAAGUGGAGCAUUACGGUUAUUUGGUCGUCCCGGCGUGGAAUGUUACUGUCAGCACGAGAGCGGAGCAGCCGUCAUCCAGCUACAGUUCCUCAUCAACGAAGGGGCGUUAGUGAGUGCUUUAGCUGACGACAGCAUUCACUUAUGGAACCUGCGUCAGAAGAGGCCGGCCGUGCUGCACUCCCUGAAGUUUAACAGGGAGAGGAUAACGUUCUGUCACCUGCCCUUCCAAAGUAAAUGGCUGUACGUCGGAACGGAACGAGGAAACAUCCACAUUGUAAACGUGGAGUCCUUCACCCUCUCAGGAUACACCAUCAUGUGGAACAAAGCCAUUGAACUGUCCUCCAAGGCCCACCCUGGUCCUGUUGUCCACAUAAGUGAUAACCCAAUGGAUGAAGGCAAGCUUAUAAUAGGAUUUGAGUCUGGCAUUGUGGUGCUCUGGGACCUGAAGUCAAAGAAGGCAGACUACCGCUACACUUAUGAUGAGGCGAUCCAUUCUGUGGCCUGGCACCAUGAGGGGAAGCAGUUCAUCUGUAGUCACUCAGACGGCACGCUGACCAUAUGGAAUAUAAAGUCCCCAGCCAAGCCUGCACAGACAAUCACCCCACAUGGAAAGCAGCCCAAGGAUGGAAAGAAGCCAGAGCCAUGUAAACCCAUCCUCAAAGUAGAGUACAAGACAACGAGGGCAGGGGAUCCAUUUAUGAUCCUGUCCGGCGGUCUAUCGUACGACACGGUUGGUCGACGGCCAUGUUUGACUGUUAUGCACGGGAAGAGCACAGCGGUGCUGGAGAUGGACUAUCCUAUCGUAGACUUCCUCACACUCUGUGAAACGCCAUAUCCUAACGAUUUUCAGGAACCUUAUGCUGUAGUUGUCCUUCUAGAAAAGGAUUUAGUCGUUAUUGACCUCGCACAAAAUGGUUACCCGAUCUUUGAGAACCCCUACCCCUUGACCAUCCAUGAGUCUCCAGUGACGUGUUGUGAAUAUGUUGCCGACUGUCCCGUAGACCUCAUUCCUGCACUUUAUUCAGUUGGCUCCCGCCAAAAACGUCAGGGCUAUAGCAAAAAGGAAUGGCCUGUAAGUGGUGGAAACUGGGGCCAGGCCACCCAAAGCUAUCCUGAAAUAAUAAUAACUGGGCACGCCGAUGGUUCUGUGAAGUUUUGGGAUGCCUCUGCAAUAAUGCUCCAGGUGCUGUACAAGCUGAAGACUGCUAAGGUGUUUGAGAAAGCACGCGGUAAGGAGGAGAAAGCAUACACCGAGAUCGUGGACGAGGAUCCGUUCGCCAUUCAGCUCAUGGCGUGGUGUCCUGAGAGCCGGAUGCUGUGCGUGGCUGGCGUAUCCGCUCACAUCAUCGUCUACAGAUUCAGCAAACAAGAGUUCACGGCAGAGGUCAUACAGUUAUUGGAGGUGCGAUUGCAGUAUGAAUUGAAUGACCUCGAGUCCCCAGAAGGGGACCAGACACCAGCUCCUCCCACUCCAAACACCUCACCCAGUCUGCAGAAUGCCACACCUCACACACACCCCUCCACCAGCAGCAACUCAUCAGAUGGCAUAAGAGAUAAUGUGCCCUGUCUCAAGGUGCGCAGCAGUCCUCUGAAACAGUCUCCUGGAUAUCAGGUGGAGUUGGUGGUUCAGUUAGUCUGGGUCAGUGGAGAGCCGCCACAACAGAUUAGCAGCCUGGCCAUCAACUCCUCAUAUGGCCUUGUGGUCUUUGGCAAUACUAAUGGCCUGGUUGUGGUAGAUUACCUCCAGAAGACUGUUCUAUUGAAUUUAAGCACCGUAGAGCUGUAUGGAUCCAGCGACCCUUAUCAGAGACAACCACGGUCACCUCGCAAGAGCAGGCAACCAUCUGGAGGGCUGUGUGACAUCAACGAAGGCUCAGCUACGUCAGAGGACCGCUGCAAAUCCCCCACCUCAGUCUUGACGUCUAACCAUCAGCAAUUCUACAAUGGCGGCGGUAGAGGAGCAAAGAUGUCACGGAAAUUAAGCUUGCCUACUGAGCUAAAGCCAGACUUGGUCUUACUCUCCGUAUGUCCACCACGGGGCACCAUACCGCUAGACAACCGGGACAACUCUUUCAGCCGCUCGCGCAGCUCAAGCGUGACCAGCAUCGACAGGGAAGGACGGGAAGCCAUAACUUCGUUCCACUUCUCUCAAACUUACACACGUAAAAUGGACAGCUCACUAAGCCCUGCACUGUGGGUGGGAACCUCUCUAGGUACCGUCCUUGCUAUCUCCAUAAACAUGCCCCCUUCAGGAGAGCAACGGCUACUGCAGCCAGUCAUCGUCUCACCCAGUGGCACUUUUAUUAAACUAAAAGGAAGCAUCGUCCGGAUGGCUUUCCUGGAUGGAUCUGGCUCACUGCUCCCGCCCGCCUCCGAGCCGUGGUAUGAAGCAAACACGGACAGUGAGGAGAAGGAAAGAGUAAGGAGGAAGAGGCCAGUGUCAGUCUCACCCUCCACCUCACAAGACCUGAAUGAGAGCCAGUAUAUGGUAGUAUGCUCGGAAAAGCAGGCCAAGGUGAUUUCUUUACCUUCACAAACCUGCAUCUUUAAACACAACAUCACAGAAACAUCGUUUGUGCUGCGGGCGGACGUGGUGCACGUGGGCGCAGGCAUCUGUGUGGCGUGCUUCUGUGCCAACGGACACAUCAUGACUCUCAGUCUGCCUGGGCUCAGACCUCUUCUGGAUGUAAACUACCUGCCGCUCACCGACAUGAGAAUAGCCAGGACAUUCUGCUUCACCAACCUGGGCGAGGCCAUGUAUCUGACCUCCCCUACAGAGAUCCAGAGGAUAACCUACAGCCAGGAUGUCUGUGAGAACUUGCAGGAGAUGCUCAGCGAGCUGUUCACUCCCGUCGAGACGCCAGAGGCUCCAAACAGGGGAUUUUUUAAAGGCCUUUUUGGAGGAGGGGCACAGUCACUGGAUCGAGAAGAACUCUUUGGGGAGUCUGGGGCAGGUAAGGCAUCCCGUAGCCUCGCUCAACACAUCCCCGGACCAGGGGGCAUUGAGGGCAUGAAGGGGGCGGCAGCGGGGAUUGUGGGCGACCUGGCUCGUGCGCGCAUAGCGCUGGAUGAAAGAGGGCAGAAAUUGAGUGAGGUGGAAGAGCGGACAGCGGCCAUGAUGGCUAGCGCUGAUUCUUUUUCCAAACACGCCCAUGAGAUGAUGCUGAAGUGUAAGGAUAAGAAAUGGUACCAGUUCUGAUUAGCAGACCAGCCCCAGAAACACAAAGGGACUCAACCAAUUUCCAACCAAUUUCUCUCGUCCUUCCUUCCCUUUUGUCCUCUUCCAUCUCUCUUCUUCUGGACCACUGGGAUCCCUCUUCAUUUCUUGGCACAAUGUUAAAUAAUGUGUGGACCUCAGACUUGCUGGUGGAACUGGAGUGUGUGUGAGUGUGGUUGUGUGCGUGCGUGUGGUUGUAUGUGUGUGUGCGUGCGAGCAUGUGUGUGUUAGUUAGAUGGACCACAUGUCAAAAAAAUGACAAGACAACCCCUAUACCAAGGUCUACUUCCUUUUUUUUUGGUAAAUAUCCUAAGAGCCUUGGAUUUCCAUUUCCUUAUAUACUACAUGAGGGUUUUUUUUUUUCAUUCUCUUCUCUCCUUCUCAGAAGGAAACUCAGAAACUUAAACAAUGGAGUGGAAAGUAAUAAAAAAUUAAAGCAGGAAAAAAUAAUAUACAUAUACGUAUACAAGUGGAAGAGCACACAUCCAACUGGUGGAGGUUUGAGGAUUAGCCAUUCACAGAAAGUGAUGUCACUGUCAUGGAGGAGACGGACUUGAAGACCUUGAGAGUUGGCCUUUCUCCCCGUUUUUAUCUCUCUCAAGACAUUUUUCUCUAACUAUGUGCUUCUUUAGAUCAUUUAGAUAUAUUUAUUUAGAUAGCAAUUUUUUAUCAAGCAAAUCAUAUUCAUAUAAAACAGUCAAAUGUUGUCAAAUCUUAAGUACUUUAUUUGUUUAUUUAUUUAUUUUCUUAUUUAUUAUUGAAAACCUUUCAAUUCACAUUUGGGAAUUGUUUCUUGUUUCUAUCAGCACAAUCAUAUUUUACAUUAAAGUACCAUCUUUAAUAGCUAAAUAAUUAUUUCUAAUUAUGAACGCUUUAAUGAUAAAACAGAUUUAGAUAGAUCUAAUCUUUUUUUUUUUUCAGAUGGUAUUUUCAUGUCAUUUGCUGCCCAGACAGCCAGUGCAGAAAAGGGCUGAUUUCGGUUAAAUUAAGACUUGAGCAAAUUACAUUAUCAAGGUAUAUUUAUUAUAUACUAUUUGGAAUCACAGCUUCCCUACAUGUAAAAUAAUCAGAACUCGUUUUUUUAACAUUCACUAUGUUUCCUGUCAGUGGGAUUAUUUUUUAUCUUAUUUUAAUUAAUUUAUUUUUCUUCAUAGUUCCAGAGUGUUGAGCUCUGUAUAUUUUCUUAAUCGUGAUUUAGUAAGUAUUAACCUUUCAGUUUGAAUAAGACAAGCACUUAAGAUGAAUAAAUGCUGAUUUAAUAAAUACAGUACUGUAAGUCUAAGUGUUAGGAAAAAAA